CCCCCUCGUUUCCACGCCCUCUCCUCGGGGUCUGUCAGCGCAUGCGCGGAGCCCGCUGUCUUCUGCAGUGUGACAUCCCGGUCAGGAGAGAAGAGAUGGCAGCUUAUAAGAUCGUGCUGAUCCGCCAUGGGGAGAGCACCUGGAACCAGGAGAACCGCUUCUGUGGGUGGUUCGAUGCCGACCUCAGCGACACCGGGAUGGAGGAGGCCAAGAGGGGCGGACAGGCUCUGAGAGGCUACCAGUUUGACAUUUGCUACACGUCUGUCCUGAAGAGGGCCAUUCGCAACCCUAUGGCUGGCGAUGGACGCCACCGACCAGAUGUGGACGCCGGUCAUCAGGACCUGGAGGCUGAACGAGAGGCACUACGGCGGGCUGACCGGCCUGAACAAGGGCGGAGACGGGCCGCCAAACACGGAGAGGAGGGAUCGCCGUUACAGCGACCUGACAGAAGACCAGCUCCCGAGCUGCGAAAGCCUGAAGGACACCAUUGCCAGAGCCCUGCCAUUCUGGAACGACGAGAUCGUUCCGAAGAUCAAAGAAGGGAAGAGGGUCCUCAUUGUCGCCCAUGGCAACAGCCUUAGAGGGAUCGUCAAGCACCUGGAAAAUAUGUCCGAGGAACAGAUCAUGGAGCUGAACCUGCCCACCGGGAUCCCCAUUGUGUACGAACUCGACAAGAACCUGAAACCCAUCAAGCCAAUGCAGUUCCUGGGAGACGAGGAGACCGUGCGCAAAGCCAUGGAGGCCGUAGCUGCCCAAGGAAAAGCCAAGUGA